AGCGACGUCGAACCACCACCAAGAUCAGAAAUAUGAAAACAGUUUAUUCAAACGUGACGCACGUCUGUAUAUUAUGAUACCGCAAGCCACUGGUACUAUCUCGAAUCUGCUCCGGAUACACCGCCUUUUGGUGCAACUAUAAGCGCUUCCACAUGUACAAUUCUGGGAAAAAUACCACGACCUCGCUCCGAUUCAUUGAACAAGUUUAACCCUUCGUUUUUGAUCUACUUGUGAGCAAGAGCAUAUAUCAUAGCAAUAAAGUAGCAAAAGGAAAUAAAGCCAAGAUGGCGGCCGCGGCGGUGAUGCAGCCCCCUACGCAACAAGCCGGGGGCGCAACCAGCAGCCAGUCGGAUCCCUACCAGAAGUUAAAAGAAGUUCAGCAACAGCUCGAGUUUCUGAACAUUCGGGAGGCGUACGUGAAGGAGGAGAUGAAGAAUCUGAAGCGCGAGAUGAUUCGCGCGCGCGAGGAGGUGAAACGGGUGCAGUCCGUGCCCCUGAUUAUUGGGACGUUCGCGGAACUCGUGGACCAGGACCACGCGAUUGUGCAGAGCAACAGCAGCACCUACUACGUCCGAGUUUUGUCCACGCUGAACCGCGAAGAUUUGAAGCCAAGCAAUUCGGUCGCGCUCCAUCGGCACAGCCACGCGGUCGUGGGGUUGGUGCCCGCGGAAGCCGAUUCCUCCGUGAUAAACCUCGCGGCAACGGAAAAGCCCGACGUUACGUAUAGAUUUUUCUCUACUGUAUCUCUAAGUACGAGUAGGAGUAAGUGUAGUAGUUUCUUUUUUACCGACGGGGCGAUCAAGAAUGGACCACGACCACACGACACCAAGCGAGCUCGGAAGAACUGCCUUGAGAAAACUACAGCUAGUACUGCCUCUUGACGCAGCAUUGAUUUGCAUUUGCUGAGUACAGGUCCUUCAUCAUACUUUGCUCAUGUUUGCCGAUCAUCAAGAGCAACAUUUGAUUCACGAUACAACAGCUAUGCGGACAUUGGUGGUAUGGACAUUCAGAAACAGGAGAUCCGGGAGGCAAUAGAGCUGCCGUUGAUACAGCAAGACCUCUACGCACAAAUCGGAAUUGACCCACCCAGCGGCGUGCUGCUCUAUGGGCCACCAGGUACUUCUUACCGGAAGUGGCUAUAACUGGAUUUUUCGAACAAAAACAAACGAAAUACUGCUUCCAGUUGAGAAGACGUCGCCUUGGUCCUCUGCAACUCCAGUACAUGAAGAUGUGGCCGUGCUAAAUAUCACGCGUCCACCUUUGAAAAUGCUAUUGCUAGCUAGCGAAUAAACAUCAAUUCGUUAUCUUACUUGCUUUUAGGUACGGGAAAGACCAUGCUGGCAAAGGCAGUCGCAAACCAAACGGAUGCACAGUUUAUUCGUGUCGUCGGGUCGGAAUUCGUCCAAAAGUAUCUCGGAGAAGGCCCUAGAAUGGUGCGCGACGUCUUCAGGUAUGCGAUUGGUUUCGUAUUUACUCUAUUACGCUGAAGCUGCGUACUCAUGAACAUGAGAACAGGGUGUAGAUGCUCAGUAGAACAUCAAGUGAGGCGUGCCUAAACUGACCAAAAAAUACUAUGCAGGAUGGCCCGCGAACAGGCACCGUCUAUCGUAUUUAUCGAUGAGGUGGACGCGAUCGGCACCAAGCGCUUCGAUAGUCAAACCGGGGCAGAUCGUGAGGUGCAACGUAUUCUUCUGGAGCUACUGAACCAAAUGGAUGGGUUCGACCAAACGACAAGCGUGAAGGUGAGCAAGUUGCAUACGAUUUGUUACAUUUGAGCAUGUUUUUCUCUGCAUCUCAACACCCAGAAGAUGCUCCCUGCUGCAAUCGCUUAUCAGGAUUUCAGUACCAGCAUCAUGGUAUUACAGAAAAAUGGAACGUGUGUCGUACUCCGCGUAGUACAGAGAAAUGAUAUUUGCAUUUCAGAAGGUAAGAUCCUACCUAAUUUUCUCGAAUACGUUUAACGAAUCCGGGUCAACCUAGGUAAUAAUGGCCACCAAUCGGGCUGACACACUGGACCCGGCAUUACUCCGACCCGGGCGUCUGGACCGAAAAAUCGAAUUUCCUUUGCCGGACAGAAGGCAGAGAAGGUACUUGUUAAUCUAAAUCUUUUUCGACAUCAUCAUGGCAGUGUUGUAAACUCGAUUGUCUGUACAUGUGCUUUCAGGCGAUACAACCCCCAGUCGGUAAAACGAAAAACGACGGUGGGGACUGAAGAACGUGUACGUGUAGGCAAAGAUGAUCAAAAAUGAUGAAUAUCAUUUAUCUCUGUGCAGGCUGAUCUUUCAGACGAUCACAAGCCGCAUGAAUUUGAGCGAAGAGGUCGACUUGGAAGACUUCGUCGCGCGACCCGAGAAGAUUUCGGCGGCCGAUGUUGCAGCGAUCUGCCAGGAGGCCGGCAUGCAGGCCGUCCGACGGAACCGGUAUGUAAUUCUGUCUAUCCACUGCAAAUUUGUCAGCGAAGUAGGGAAUAAACCGGAGAGGUGUUGUAUGAGCUGGCCGCCGGCCCGCUUUGAAAUUGCAAUAACCCGGCCAUGCUUGAAGCUGUGUGGCCGAAAUAGCCUCGAAACGCUUUCGCUAUAUUCUGUGAUGUUUCGUAUUCGUACGCCUGUGUGUAUUGCGGUCAUGAGGAAAGUAAAUGCGUGUUGAGCAAUUCGGCGGCUUCUUUCUCUGCGCCUUGGCAAAAUUUGCAAUGGAUAGCGUCAAAAGACUUCGAGAUCGGCUGGAAGGAGCAUGCGAAGAAGAAGGACAAGGACUUUGACUUCUACUCGAUAUAGAAGUCGCCCAGUGUCAAAGGUCUUUAUGAUAAAGCUCGAGCUGCGACAAGAGCCGUCUUGUAGCCGUCGUCUUCUGUUCCAGCCCUGCUGCCUCCCCGCAGUAGCUCCUGGUCUUGUCUAACUGCCGAUGUGGAAGUGAGAGGAAACAAAAACGACCUAGGAGGAUGAGGACCGAACCGGCUCGUCUGCACAACCCCAGCGACACCCUCCGCGCCCCCCGCGGCAGACGUAGUUGGAGUAGCUACUACUGACUCCAAAGUACAACUUUUUUAAAAGAUAGUAACUCCAAAGCGACAGCCGCCCGUGGGGAAACAAUAAACAUCACGCGAAAAGAACCCACACUGUUUUGCGGUGACGGCUCAUGUGCUAUGAAGCUCCCGGUUUUCACUAUGCCGAAACGACAUGACGAGAAGCUAAGAAGAAACAGAAUCGCUACACAAAACGGAAAACUAUUUUCAAUGUCAUCUUUAUUUUGCAGUCCCUGCGCAGGGACGGAUGAAACUGCAAGACGAGUGUAUGCAUCUAUUGCGGUCUUGUG